AUGGCACAACUUUGUGGACAGCCAAAAAAUCGUCAUCCACAACACAAGACGCUCAGUCAUCAACAGACAAAUGCUGGUUGUGUAAUUUUUAAGAGCAAAACUUCAAGAGCGAGUAUUGGUUCUCAGGCAACGGCGGUUGUUACCUCCAACACCUUGGAGGUCAACAUUACCACCUCCAACACCUUGGAGGUCAACAUUACCACCUCCAACACCUUGGAGGUCACCAUUACCACCUCCAACACCUUGGAGGUCACCAUUACCACCUCCAACACCUUGGAGGUCACCAUUACCACCUCCAACACCUUGGAGGUCACCAUUACCACCUCCAACACCUUGGAGGUCACCAUUACCACCUCCAACACCUUGGAGGUCAACAUUACCACCUCCAACACCUUGGAGGUCACCAUUACCACCUCCAACAUCUUGGAGGUCAACAUUACCACCUCCAACACCUUGGAGGUCAACAUUACCUCCUCCAACACCUUGGAGGUCAACAUUACCUCCUCCAACAUCUUGGAGGUCAACAUUACCACCUCCAACAUCUUGGAGGUCAACAUUACCACCUCCAACAUCUUGGAGGUCAACAUUACCACCUCCAACAUCUUGGAGGUCAACAUUACCACCUCCAACAUCUUGGAGGUCAACAUUACCACCUCCAACAUCUUGGAGGUCACCAUUACCUCCUCCAACACCUUGGAGGUCACCAUUACCACCUCCAACAUCUUGGAGGUCAACAUUACCACCUCCAACACCUUGGAGGUCAACAUUACCACCUCCAACAUCUUGGAGGUCACCAUUACCUCCUCCAACAUACUGAAGGGUAACACUGACUUCUCCCAAGAUGACGAAGAGUGA